AUGCAAGAUACCGGCGAUACAUUAUUGAUCGUCACGUUUGCAAUUGCGGCGGUUCUCAAUGCUGUACUCUUUGUUCAAUUCGUCCUUUACUGGAAUGAAGACAAGCGCAAGAAGGUGCACUAA